GAUAUACAUGGCUUGUGUCGUUCUCGCCGCCGCGGGCGCCCUGUUGCGCGGGCCAGGGCCCGAGCUCCGUCCGGCUCUUCGGCUUCGCGGUGGGACUGCUGACGGAGCCAUUGGCGGGCUCAGUGGCGGCAGCGGCUGCGCGGCGGUGGCGCUCGCAGCUGGCGGUGAUAGCGGUGAGCCAGAUCGCAGGUCGCUUCAGGAGGAGCUCACGGCUCGCUACACUGGACUCUCCGCCGGCCUCGAUCCGAGCAUCGCGGCCGCCGCCGCUGACUUGGCGGCGCGAGUGGUUGACGGGCUGACAGCGACUGCGACGGAUGCGGAGGUUGACCAGCUCGCUGCCGAGACGGCGGCGUACCUGACGUCGCACCACCCGGACUACUCGAAGCUUGCGGCGCGCGUGACCGUCAAGCGGAUACACAACCACACUAGCGACUCCUUUGCCGACACCAUGGAGGCUCUGGCCAACUAUCGCCACCCGCGCAAGGGCACUCCCGCGCCGCUCGUGAAGCAAGAGUUUGCAGAGCUGGCGAGGAAGCUGGCGCCGCGGCUCGAGGGCGCGAUGCGGUACGAGCGCGACUUUGGGUACGACUACUUUGGCCUCCGCACGCUCGUCCGCUCCUACCUCCUCGGCCUCACCCCGGCGGGGACGCCGCAGGAGCGGCCGCAGCACAUGCUGAUGCGCGUCGCCUUGGCGGUGCACGGCGAGGACGUGGAGGGUGUGCUUGCGGCCUACGACUAUAUGUCGCGCGGUCUCUACACGCACGCGACGCCCACCCUGUUCAACGCGGGCUGCCCUCGGGGGCAGCUCUGCUCCUGCUUCCUCCUCACCACGCGCGACGACUCGGUCGAGGGCAUCUUCCAGACCCUCUCGGAUUGCGCCCUCAUCUCGCGCUCCGCGGGCGGCAUUGGCCUCUCCAUCUCCCACGCGUGCGGCUUGGUGCCGAUGCUCCGAGUCUUCGAUGCCACGGCUCGGUACGUCGACCAGGGCGGCGGCAAGCGGCGGGGCGCCUUUGCCAUGUACCUCGAGCCGUGGCACGCAGACGUGUUUGACUUUUUGGAGCUGAAGCGCAACCACGGCAAGGAGGAGCAGCGGGCGCGCGACCUGUUCUAUGCGCUGUGGGUGCCCGACCUCUUCAUGCGGCGCGUCGAGGCGGGCGGGAACUGGAGCCUCUUUUGCCCGUCGGAGGCGACCGGCCUUGCGUACGAGGCGUACGAGCGCGAGGGGCGCGCGGUGCGGGUGGUGCCGGCGCAGCAGCUCUGGUUCGCCAUCCUCGAGUCGCAGGUCGAGACGGGCACGCCGUACAUGCUCUACAAGGACGCGUGCAACAAGAAGUCAAACCAGAAGAACCUCGGCACGAUCCGCGGCUCGAACUUGUGCACCGAGAUUGUGCAGUACACUUCCGCCGACGAGGUCGCGGUGUGCAACCUCGCCUCGCUGGCGCUGCCGCGCUUCGUCGACAUCGCCGCCGGCGGCGAGCGGUUCGACCUCGACGCGUUGCGCCGCGUCGCUGGUUUCGUCGUGCGCUCGCUCGACCGCGUCAUCACCGCCAACGCAUACCCGCUGCCGCAGGCCAGCGCCUCGAACAUGCGCCACCGGCCGAUGGGGCUCGGCGUGCAGGGCCUCGCCGACGCCUCGUGCGAGCUCGCGGCCGAGCUCGGGGAGUACGAGUCGUACAAAGGCUCGCCCGCGUCGAUGGGGCUGCUGCAGUACGACCUCUGGGGCGUCGAGCCGAGCGGGCGGUGGGACUGGCGCGGCCUCAAGGCGAACAUCACCAACCACGGCCUGCGCAACUCGCUGCUGCUCGCGCCGAUGCCGACCGCGUCGACUGCGCAGAUCCUCGGCAACAACGAGUGCUUCGAGCCGUACACGUCGAACCUGUACGCGCGGCGGACGCUCGCGGGGGAGUUCCUCGUGCUCAACCCGCACCUGCAGCAGGAGCUGCAGCGGCUCGGCCUCUGGUCGCGCGAGAUCCGCGACCGCGUGAUCGCGGCGGGCGGGUCGGUGCAGGGCAUCCCCGAGAUCCCGCCAGAGACACGGGAGGUGUUUCGCACCGCGUGGGAGAUGAAGCAGAAGACCCUCAUCGACAUGGCGGCGGAGCGCGGCGCCUUUAUCGACCAGUCGCAGUCGCUCAACGUCUUCCUCAAGGCGCCCACGUUCGCGCAGCUCUCCUCGAUGCACUUUUACGCGUGGCGCGCCGGCCUCAAGACCGGCCUCUACUACCUCCGCUCACAGCCCGCGGCCGACGCCAUCAAGUUCACCGUCAAGUCGCAGCAGCGCGCGAACGCCGCCGACUCGAGAGCGGGCGCCGCUGGCGCUCCCGCGGCCGCGGGGCAGACCGGCGAGGGGACGUCGCCGGAGGCCCCUGAGGUUUGCAGGUUGGGGCCCGGGGGACCUGACUGUGAGGCUUGUAGCGGCUAAUGCCCCUCUUUUAUUGUACACAUUGUUGUUUAUGCUAAAA